AUGGCCAGCGAGCGCCGAGAGGCUGGGCUCCGAGUCGCUCGGCUCUGCCAGAGCUUGGAGACGAAGGUGGAGCGGCUCUCGAGGCAGGCGAAAGAGCAGGCCUCCAAAGGUGAGGUCUUGGAGGACAGGCUGAGCUCCCAGGCGAAGGGCAUGGAAGCCUGCAGAGAGGCCGUGGAAGGCUUGAGGGAUAAGUUCCAGCGCAACGUGCAGGACAUCGGGGGCUCCCUUGUCUCAGCACGCGCGGAGCUCACGGAGGAUUCGGAGCGAAGGCACCAGAGCCUGCAGGAGGCCAUGCGCAGGGGCGACCGCUGCCUGGCCGAAGAGUUCUUCCGGAAGCUACAGGAGUCCGGUGAGAAGCUCUCCGGCAAUUUGCAAGUCCUGGAGGAUGCCUUGGCCACCUUCGUGCGGCAGACCCGCGUGCAGAUCGCCGACUUGAGCGAGCAGCUGGAGGCCCGCGCUAAGGAUCACGUCGCGCUGCGAGGGCAGGCAUCUGAGCUCUGCAAGUUCGAGGCGCACAUUGCUGCUUUGCAGGAGGAAGCUGCUGCGCUAGCUGCGCGUGCGGACGCCUCGGAGACCUCGAGCGGCGAGCAGGCACGGCUGCUGACAACUCUCGAAACGAAGCUGACGAAGCUGCAGGACGCUUGUGCCCGUUUUGAUGGCCGAGCCUCUGCCGCCGAGGAGGCUCUCGAGAGCCGCUCGCAGCAGGUGGCCGACCAGUUCCGCGAGGCCUCAGAGCAGACCGCCUCAGCCAUCGUCCGCGCGAGGGCGGACCUGGCGGACUCCAUCAACUCUGCUGUGGCUUCGGUCCGGGAAGACAGCAAAGAGGCGCUCCGAAACCUCGAGAGUGGAAUGUCUGCAGACUUGCAGGUUCUGCGGGACGAGCUCCGCUCCGGCGUGGCCCUGGGCCAAGACCGGCUCCAGGAUGUCGCCGUGGAACUUCGUCGCGAUGUGGCCGAAGCCUCGGAGGCCUCGCGCUUGAACGGCCGCGAGCUGCUGGCGCUCAUCGAGGAGCUUCAGGGUCAGUUCCUGGAGUCCCGGAGUGAAGCGCGGAGGGGCCUGGAGGACGUGGCCUCGUCCACGCGCUCCGAAGCACAGGCCGGCAUGGAUGACUUGAAGACGCAAUUGAGCGUGCUGCGCUCUGACUUCAUGGAGGUCCGCAUGCAAGUGAAAGCGUUGACGGACGCCAUGCCGGUCGUGGACGAAAGCUGUGUCAACUUGCGACGUGGUCUCCACGAUUCAGCAACCGCCGCCGGCAAAGCGCAAAGCACGGCGGAUGAUGCAGCUGCCGAAACAGCACGUCUGCAGUCCUUCGUGGAGGUUGGCCACAAAGGCGGUUGCGAACUGAUACGAUUUGGAACAGAAGCGAAGAUAGAACCGGCCAGCGACGAGUACAUCAUGGACUUGUUGAAUCCUGUGCUCGAAGAGAUGGUGGCAGAGUGCAUCCACAAGAUGCCCAAGGAUCCCGUGCCUUUCAUGUUGGACUGGCUCGAGAGCAAGCGGGCCUCGGAGGAGGACAAGAAGCUGAGUCCGGAAGAGAAGGAGAAGCUGGUCAAGGAGAAUGAGGAGCUGACGGGAAAGGUCAGCAAGCUGAAGGGCCAGGUGCAGGAGGCGGCCAAGAUGGCGACAGAGAGCGCUGCAGCGGCAGAUGAGGAGGAGGAAGAAGAGGAGGACGAGGAUGAUGAGCCGCCUCCGGGCUGGGAGAAGGACAUGGACAACCGUGCUCGAACAAGCGUCUCUGCGGAAGCUUACGGCGAGUGGAACGCAAAGAAGGCUUUCGUGCCGCCUGUGCACAUCAAGUCCGACGAACAGAAGGAACGUCUCAAGGGCUGCUUGGUGAAGUCCUUCCUCUUUUCCAACCUGGACACGAACGAUCUCAACAUCGUGAUUGGCGCCAUGACAGAAGUGCAAGAGAAGACCGGUACUCGGGUCAUCAACCAAGGUGACAACGGCGACUUCCUGUUCGUCAUCGAGUCGGGCGUUCUUGAUUGUUCGAUCAAGAAGGGUGAGGACGGCGAGGAGACUGUGGUGAAGAAGUGCGAGCCGGGUGACGUGUUUGGUGAGCUUGCUCUGCUGUACAACUGUCCCCGUGCCGCCUCAGUGGACGCAAAGGAAGACUGCGUGCUUUGGAAGCUCGACCGUGACACCUUCAACCACAUCGUGAAGGAGGCAGCCGAGAAGAAGCGUCAGCGGUAUGAUGCCUUCCUCAGCAAGGUGCCGCUGCUCUCGUCCAUGGAUGCCUACGAACGCUCCCAGCUUGCUGAUGCUCUCAAGGUGGAGACCUUCGAGCAGGGUCAGAAGGUCAUCACCGAGGGUGAGGAAGGAAACAAGUUCUACAUCAUCGAGGACGGCCUGUGCGUGGCCACCAAGGGCGAAGUGGAAGUCAUGAGCUAUGCGGCUGGUGACUACUUCGGCGAGUUGGCGCUGAUCAACAACAAGCCGCGUGCUGCUACCGUGGUGGCCAAGGGGGAUGCCAAGCUGCUGAGCAUCGACAGCCGCAGCUUCAAGCGUCUCAUCAACGUUGCCGACCUUAUGUCAAAGUCCUCCAAGUACACGUGA